AUGGAGGUGCAACCACAAAUCCAGGCUCGCAAUGAGGUCUUUCAGAAGCUCAAGCCAUCCUGCGUCAAGGUCAGCCAGCUCGCUAUUCGUGAUGCGGCCUCACCGGGAUCGCAGCGAGAACUUCUCGCCUUGACCACGCAGAUCCUGGCCAUCCUGACCGAGCAAGUCAACAAAAAUCCAUCGUCGUUGGAUGAGAAGCUGGCAGAAUAUGUAUUCUUCCCGCUGUACCACGUCUUCCGUCAGCUCGACGUGUUCUCGAUGCUGUUGAUUGAGAAGUGUGUGCGGUGCCUGAGGAUCUUGAUUGAGCAUGGUUGGAAAAGCAAACUGCCUGGGGAAAUGGUGCAGCAGAUACUGACUUUGGUCACCUUCAUCAUCGAGGGCAAUCCGGGCUCGAAAAAGGAACGCAAAGAGGUUCCCGAAGAGCUGGUUUUGGAGUGUUAUCGUACACUCAGUGCGCUUUUCAGAGUCGUAGGUGGUUCGAUUGCCGGCGCCACGAAUCUUGCCGAGCUGGACGCCAUUCCCGCGCUUGGUCAUGGAAUUACGGUCAUACUCAAUGGGGCUCAGGAUGGGCAGACAGACCUGAUCCAGCAGGAGGCUUUGAGGGCGGUACAGGGAAUCUACACCAGCUUACGGGAUCGAGAAGCCUUGGCCAACUUCUUGCCAGGCGUCGUCUCAACGGUAGCCAAGAUGCUUGCCACGCCUACGAGAUACCGGAAAAAAGUGCUGGUCGCCAGCCUGGAAACGGCCACAUUGGUUAUUACGCGGGUACUGGGCGACAUGCAGACUCGAACCAUCCUUGCACAAGCCGAGAAAGAGCCCGAGGCUUCAUCGAAUGACUUGCUAAGUCCAGCAUGGCUGAAGGCUACCACAGGACAGAUCAAAGUCGCUUUGUCUGGAUUUAUGAAGCUGCGAGGCAAUGGCUCAGAGGAGGUGCGUGAUGCACUGCGCAGUCUUUGCAUUCGGCUACUGGACGAAUCUCACACUACUCUAAAAGACUCCGCGUCUAUUCUGGUGGAGACUGCCAUGAUCGUCGAGGAUGCGAACAGCAAGGGGUCUGUCACCGAGACCAGUCUACGGGACCUGAUCACAAUCUACCCUGAGCUCGGCGACAAAGCCAAGACGGCCGUGUAUCAAUGGAUGUCGAGCCUUUCGCGCCUCAUGCAGUCGAAUGACGAAGAUGUGAAAACGAGCGCACUGCACAACAUUUCCAAGGGCAUCGGCCUGCUGCAGGAGAUGCAGAUCGAGUCUUCGACGCUCGAUGAUACUAUCUCCAGUACGCUGAGGGAUAGCGUGGUCAUCCUGAUGGAGGAACCCAAGUCGCAGUCCCGGGUCACCAACCAAGCUAUCCUUGGCAAUGAAAGCAGCCUGACAGUGCAAGGCGUUGAAGCCCAGUACGCCCCCGUGGUCCUUGGGCACGGCAGUCAGAAAGAGACCAGGAAGGAGAUGCUCGGUCUUCUGGGUGUCAUUGGUGCACACUUCAAACCAUCCAAGCUCGUGAUGAACUUGCUGGAUUACGUCCGGACGCCCGAAUCAAACUACCAAAUUGCCGGUUUCUGGCUCUGCUUCGAAAUAGUGAAGGCUGCACAAUCGGCAUCCAAGGCCACCGAUAGUGUUUUCGACCUGUCGGCUUUCUCCGGUCCCGACGGGGGUACCGACGAUGUCUUUCAGGAGCUGUACUCGUUCGCGGUCGAGACCCUCGAUGCUCACACUGAAGGCGAAGCGGUCGAUUGGCGGCUAGAGGCCUUGUCACUCGAGGUGGUUUUACACGCGGCUACCAGGAUGGGCAAAGCCUUCCGGCCGGAACUCAUCGACGUGCUGUUCCCUGUUGUCACUUUACUAGGAUCAGAGGACCACGCACUGCGACAGCACGCCAUCGUGACGUUGAACGGCAUGGCUCUAGCCUCUGGGUACAAGGACGUCUCGAUGUUGAUCAUCGAAAACGUUGAUUACAUGGUCAACUCCAUAGCGCUGCGCCUCAACAGUCUUGACAUUUCCCCUGCGUCCAUGCAGGUGCUCACCAUGAUGAUCCGCUUGGCCGGGUCACGCCUCGUGCCGUUCCUUGACGAUGUGGUCGAGUCAAUAUUUGCGGCUCUCGAGAACUACCAUGGCUAUCCAGUGUUUGUUGAGUCGCUGUUCGCCGUACUCAAGGAACUCGUUGAUCAAGCUAUCAAAUCAGACAAGCUCCUACUCAAAGGUCAGAAAACGUCCGUCCCAACACAUAGAAAGCAGCGGCCACAGCAAGCUGGGUUGCAAGGGCUUUUGGACUUUCUCCACCGCCGAAAGCAGCGGCAGGAAUACGAAGCGGAAGAAGCCAAAACAGCAAAGGCGUCACAGGGCCAUCCUGCCGCCCCGUGGAAGGACGACUCGCAGCCGGGAGCAGAGGACGAUGCCACGGAAGAGCAGCCACCUCCUGAGCCGGAGAAGCCCCCCAACUCCGUGACGUACCAGCUUCUUCUACGAAUCACGACACUCACACAGCAUUACUUGACGUCGCCAACACCGCGACUGCGGCGAUCAUUGCUUGAGCUUCUAUCCACAGCUUCACCUGCCUUGGCAGCCGACGAAGAGGCGUUCCUCCCCCUCGUGCACGCAGUGUGGCCUGUCGUGCUGAGCAGACUAUACGAUCCCGAGACAUUUGUCGCGGUCGAAGCCUGUCAGGCCUUGUCAGCGCUCUGUGUGGCGGCAGGGGACUUUCUUUCUAGCCGCUUCAAAACAGAAUGGAGCGACGGGCUUGGACAAUGGUUCAAGAAAGUGAAGCGCCAAGCGCUGGCGACCAGAUCGCAUAGGACAGCAACACGACAAACUGGGGGCGACGACAAUAUCAUGAUCCCUACUGCUGAUGGAACGGUCUUCCAAGCCAAGCCUUCAGCAAGGGAACAUAGCCUGGGCAGCCUAGGUCAGCACGCCUCGCCUGUCAGGCUCUGGGAGAGUGCUGUGGGCCUCCUCACGUCUUUGGUUCUGCACGUCCAGAUUUCCGAAGACAUGUUUGAAGAUAUUCUUGGCUUGCUCACAGAGACGCUCGAGAAGAGUGCCGAAGUGCGCGAAGCCCUCGAGACCAUCAACGCAGAUGCUGUCUGGCUCCUGCGCUACGAGCAGGGCCACAUUGAGCCGUUAGCGACCCCUCAAAUGGAAGGCUUCACUUUCAAGCCCAUGGGGAUGGCAGUCUAA